UACAGGGACCCCCGACGCUGGUGUGGCCUGUACCCCCGACGCUGACCAGCAGCGCUCCGUAGCUGAAGUCGGCACAGGGGUCUUCCCGUGCCGGCAGGAUGCAGACUACAGAGAGGAGCACCCGCUCGUCCAAGAAAUAUGUGGCUGAGCCGGCGCCUGGUCCCCAGAACACAGACAGCGGCCAGUACAUGUGCAUCGAGUGCAGCCAAACGUUUGACAAUAAGUUGGAGCUGAACUCUCAUCGUCAGAGCCAUGUGACCAAGAAGCAGUUCAUGUGUUCCCUCUGUGGGAGAGGAUUUCACCACCAGGUCUUCUUACAGAUGCAUGAGAGAAGCCACGAGGGUGGCAUCUCCCGUACGUCACUGACUAAGACUAACGUAACUCCUGCUCGUGUCAUUUCCACCAGGAGCACCAAGUCCACACUGGAUGCUGAUAUUAUUCACGUGACUCCUCCUGCCAACAAGCCCCCCUAUCACCUCAACUCUAAGGUCCAAUUCAAGAGAGACCUGAGCAGCGGCCGAGAUAUCGCCCCCAGAGAAUGCUUAACCAGACGCACCCAAGGAACUUCUUCACCUGAUUACGAACAAACAGACAGCUCUGACGAGAGGGCGCAGUUUGAGCUGAGAAUAUCAAAGCUUUCUGACAGCACCAUUCAUCUGAUUGACCCCUAUGGAAAUACCCUGGAGAUCCUGGCUGAAGUCUUCAAUGCCUACGCUAUUGGAGAAACCGAGGAGGACGAUGAGGAGAAUGUGAGCCCCAUUGCUGCCUCGAGGAUCUCCGAGAUUUCUGCUGCAUCUACCUCAAGUUCUGUCCACCUGAAUGUGCCAGACGAGAUCAUGCAAGAUUCAAGGGUUCUUCCUUCACCUCAAGCAGAAGUGUCUAGACCACAUGAGUCCAUAAAUACUGCUGAAAAGAAGGAAGAUCUGCCUUUGUGUCGUCUCCAGUCUGUCUCCAGUGCCAGCAUGUCUCCAAAGACCUUGCCUGAUGUCAGUGACGAUGCAGAAGAUGUCCUCUCCACACAGGCCCCUCAUGAGUCAGAUAUUCAGGAUGUGACCAGCAGUGAACACACAGUACGUCAGCCAGCCAGUGAAGUACCCAAGAAUUCCACAGAGGAGGAAAAUCUUCCAAGUAUUUCCCAAGACUCCUUGACCACUUGUGGUGAUCUGAUGGUUACAGAGGAGCCCAUCCUAAGAGAUGUGACCGCGUGUAACAGUGCAGGCCCCGAUCAGACUGAGACUCCUUCACUGGAACCUGACGCUCUAAAUCAUCCCAGCUCUGUACAGUGGGAGCCUUCUGAGGUGUUACAUGGUGGCCAUCUCCACACUGAGGACAGGCCUAGUUUAAGUCAACCCAUGCCACCCGAGCCCCUUACAAACCUCACCCCAGAAAAAGAUGCCAGCACUUCCUCCCUAACACCGGUCACCUCAAAUGAGCAGGAGGAUAAAUCGCUGACUGUGGCCUCAUCGAUAAGUGGCCUUUCACUGGACUUGAAUGAGGGCAGCGCUCAGCUAAGUGAUUCAUGUGUCAAUGACAGUCAGUCGGACAUUGUUAUAGAAAACGAUAUGCAGUCUCAGAAGAGUGAUGAGGGGGGCGCUGGCCUUGAUGAAGGUGAACGGCUCGAAAGAGCAGAGGUGCCACUUGCCAGUGUCGAUGAGAGUCAAGAGGUGCCCUUAGUGGGAGACGACAGUAUGAUGCUACAGACUCCUCUCACCCUUAACGAGUGCCUGUCAAAAUCUGAUGAGCUUCAUGUGGAGAGCCUCUCAUGCACUAGAGAUGCUGGAAGCUCGGGACAUGACAAUAACCUCCAGACUGACCCGUCUACCUCCAACACAGUCUGCAAGACUCCCGUAGAUGAUGAAAAAGUAGACCCAAAAUAUGAAAGCAAUGAAAAUCAGACAGCAUUAGAGAGUGAACUGAAGCCUGGUUCAACGGAAGCAGAUGUUUGCAGUCUAAGUGAAGGAGUCUCUGAUGGGGCAUCGUAUCCCAGUGAUAUCUGCUCUUCAGAACUUGAGUCCCAAAAUCUAGGGAUGUCUCUGGACUUUGCUGAUCAAACAACUAUUGACUCAUCCGAUUUUGAGGCAGUUUCUAUGAAAAGAGACACUGGUGAGAAAGUUUUCACUUCAUUAGAGAGCCCAGCAAGCCAGCCUGUCAUGCCUGAAAAAAUACCACAGGUUUCCAGCAGUACUGUGCCCUUCCUUCAAGAGCAGUGUGAAGAGCCGCUGCUGGCCGACGGUCCUGCAGCACAUAAUAAGACCGAUCUGGUCAUGCCUGAUACUUGCCAGAAAAACGAUGACGGCUCAGAGCUGAAUCCAAAAAGUGGCCCAGAUAGGAGUUCACCACUUCAUGACAUCGAAACUCUGAAGAGCAAUGACCCAGAACAAGAUGAGAACUUGAGCAGCAAAAGUGAACUGGAGGCUGACCUCUCCUCUGACAUAAGGCAGAUUGGCUCAUCAGAGAAUGAAGAAAAACGUACAAAUCCGAUUGCAGCUCCAGUGGCGACUCCAACCGAAGCGCUUCCCCUUGCUAAUAUAGACACUGAACUUGAUGAAGCCCUCUCACAUGAGAACAUCCAAACGCCUGUGCAUGUCACUAAAUCUGUCGAUGUAGAGAACGUUAACGCCUCCCAGAAGAUUGCAGUGGUUGAGUCCGGUGAAGACAAGCUCCUCAAUCUCCUUGAGCCCAUGACUGAGGGUACUCGAAGUGACUUACUGCCUCCGUGUGAUGAGGAUUUAUCUUUGAGAAAUAACGAGAACAGUCACGAUGUUCCCUUCAGCGUGCAGACUUUGGUAAACCUCACGACAGCUUGUGUUCAGGCCCAAGAACGUGUCUUAUCUCAAGGGACUAAACCUCCAGAUCAAGAUGCUGCAGAAAGUAUGGCGAGCGAGGCAAUGUUUAUGAGCAGCAGCCUGAUAGCAAACACUGACUUUAAAGAUGAUGUGCUGCUUGAGAAACCCAAAGUUGAGGCUCUGUUGCCAGCAUUGUGUCUUCUGGAACCAACUUUAGAUCUAUCUCCUGACCUUGAACAUUUAUCUGAGAAAUGUUUGCUAAACAGUGAUGAUGUUAAAGACCUUGCUGACAAUGACCUUGAUAAGGACCUUUCCCAUGAGAUCCCACACAAGCAGUACAUUCAGAUGUCUAACGCUGACCUCACCGAAAACGACCUGGCCGAUGAUUUUGUAGACCCUGAGACUAUUUUACUUGAUGCUCCAUGUCUGGAAGAAACCAAAGAAGACAUCUCUGCAGUGUCUGUGGAUGAUGAGAGUACUAUACAUGAACUCUCGGACAUACUGUCACCUGACCUCCUGGACAGCGAGUAUACAGAGGGCCUGGAUGACAAACAAAUGGGCUUCAGGGGUCAGUGUUUGAAGUGUGGACGACGGGUGAGACGAGGUAGAAAAGAGUUGGUUUGGUUUCCUGACUGCUAUAAAUGCCGUCUGAAGGCAAAGCGUCACAGUUCAGACUUCGUUUUGGAAACAAGCUUGGAUAGAAAAAAAGGCUUGCCAGAUUCCUCAAACUUCCAUGUCAAGCAGGAGGCAGAAUCUGCGCAGGACAGCGCGUUCUAUAGAGCCGAAUCUCCCCCACUAAAAACGUUUAAAUGUCCAAAGUGUGAGAAGUCCUUUAGAAAAUCAGCAUUGCUUGCUAUUCACGUGAAAUGUCACUCAUUACCACAAUGUCUGAGCUGUGGAUGCCCAGUGCCACCCGAUUACAAAACCAAGCGCACUCCCAAGAGGUGCCAUAAGUGUGUCCAGAAGAUCAAGCAGCAGAAGAAAGCAGAGCGGGUGCUUUGUGGAGAUGAUGAGGAUGACAGCCUGGAUUCUGACAGUGAAUCUCCAUUUGUGGACGAGGUAGAUUUAGAGAGCCUAUCUGAUAACGAACCAGAAAAUGACCAGAUCCUGAGCUCUACCAGUCUAGAAGAGGACUCUAAGCCAGGAAGUGCUGAAAGAGAAACUGAGCCUUUCCACUCUAUAUCAAUGAGGAAGAGCAAGAAAAUGAGUCCUGCCAUACAAGCCCUGUACUGUACCUGUCAAGUAGUUCUUAAAAGUGGAGCAAAACAGCCCAAGAUAUGUAAGAGCUGCCAAAAGCCUACCCGCGACCGGCUGGUCGCUCUACCUAAAGACAGCCUCAUAGUGGGAGAUCAUGCAGGAGUUGGUGGCCGAGUGCCACAAUUAAAGAAGACCAAGAAGCAGACCCAAUCUGAGCCUGAUCAACAGAAUUUGUCACUAGGAGAGUCUUCUGUGAGCUGUGAAAACGAGCUUAGUCCUGAUGAAUUCUGUAAAGAGGAGACCGAGCCUGAAUUGGAUAUAAGUGACCAGAUGGUCCUCCCAGAUGGUAAGCAGCCACGUUUGUGCCCACAGUGUGGCAAAAUAUUUAAAUGCAACAGAUCCAUGAAACUUCACCUGUUGAGUCAUACAGCCACACAAUGCGAGUCUUGUGGCUGUCGCCUGCAGAAAAAGAAGCGUGCCGGUCGCUGGGCUAAGAAGUGCCGUGUCUGUAGACUGCUCACUAAAACUACAGGGCUUCCUGAUGGUGCCAUGGAGGAUGUCCUCCCAAGUGAUAAGAUCUCCAAGGAGAAGGGCAUGACUUCUCUGCGACGGAAAAUGAAGCAGUCAAAGGCUGUGAGAAAUAGAAAAAUCCAACCCAUUGCAAAGCACAAAAAAACCCUCAAAUGGAUGAAUAUGAUGUUGGCUGUGAAAGGCCUGACCCGAAAACCCAGAAAAAAGAAAGAGCAGACUAUGAAGGGUCCUAAUGAAGAGAAGUCUGGUUACAGCUCGGAACCGUCAGUAUAUUCAGGUACUGUAGGCAAAGCCACUUUUCUUAAACAUCUUUCUGCUUCUCCUAAAAGUGACCCAGGUUCUUCAGGGUUGCAUCUUUCACAGAAGAAAUUAUUAGGUAGAAUACCAAAAAUCAACAGGAAGUGUAUGUACAGAGAGAAGAACAUUAUAAAAGUGGAGGAGCAACAGAUGUCCCCAUAUAUUGGAGAUCCAUCCAAAACUCAAGUAUCUGUUAAAGAGGAGGAUGAAAACCAGUGUUUGGAAUGCAAUGAAAUCUUCUCGAGCUUUGACCUUCUGCUCAGUCACCAGCAAAGUCAUGUAGGUGACCCACCAUUCACAUGUACACAGUGCCCCCAGAGCUUCUCUGCUGAGCAGUAUUUGAGUAUUCACGUUGGCAGUCAUGCUGAAGGUCCUCCUUUUCGUUGCCCAGAUUGCAAUAAAACCUUUCCUAAAAGGAACAACCUUGGUGUUCAUAGACGUGUUCAUACUGGCGCUCGACCCUAUGCUUGCCCUGAUUGUCCUUGCAAAUUUCGACAGAGAGGCAGCCUGAUCCUUCAUCGGUAUACACACAGGAACCUUCAGUUCAUGAUGGCAAAACCGUAUCAGUGUUCAAUAUGUAAUAAAAGCUUUAAGCAGAAGGAACGGCUAGUCAUACACGAACGCCUCCACACCGGGGAAUGCCCGUUCUCCUGUAAAGACUGUGACAAAGUGUUUCCCAGUAAGUCAAGACUCUAUGCACAUCGUAAGAUACACAAAGUUCCUGGCACUUUGUCUAAUGUUGAGCAGAAUGCAAUCUGUAAAGAAGAGUUGGGAGAGCUGCUGCCUUUCCAGUGCAAGGUCUGCGGCAAAGUCUGCUCGACUAAGGCUAGCCUUGUUCUUCAUUGUAAAGUCCAUAAGUCUUCAGCCAUCUCUAACCACGGUGGCAGCCAUGGGGAAAAUGUAGAGACCACAAAGGAGAUGCCAUUGGUGUCAGAGAGCAAUCUUCAUAUCAAAACUGAACUAGAGGGACAUCCUUUUACUUGCAAGGACUGUAACAAGGUCUGCUCCACCAAGGCCAGCCUCGUUCUUCAUCGUAAGGUGCAUGGCCCGGACCCUAGACCAGGUUUUGGUAGUCCAGGAUUCGUUUGCAAGGACUGUCAUAAAGUUUAUUCCACCAAAGCCAAACUUUUCCUACACCGCAAAAUGCACAAGUCUUCAUUCAUGUGUGGCCUCAAAGCAAAUAUUGGAGAUCCCCCUUACGUUUGUCAAGAAUGUAAUAAAGUCUGCUCUACUAAGGCCAGCUUUGUACUCCACAGUAAGGUGCACUGGAGAUCUGCUAGCAGUGAGCACAUCCUUAAAGGUAACAUGAAGCAAAAAUCCUUCGUUUGUAAGGUCUGUAAUUUUGUUUGCUCAACCAAGGCCAGCUUUGUCCUGCAUAGAAAGGUGCAUCGAUCCUCACCUAGCCUAGUGCAAAGCCUUAAAGAUGGAACUGUGCAAAGCCCUUUUACUUGCAAGGACUGCAAUAAAGUCUGCUCCACCAAGGCUAGCCUGGUUCUUCAUAGUAGGGUACACAGAGCAUUACCUGGCAAUGACCAAAAUCCAAUCCCCCAGGCUGAUGUGAAAGAGAAACCUUAUCAUUGUAAGGAAUGUGGCAAAAUCUAUUCAACUAAAGGCAGGCUCUUGUCCCACAUGAAAUUACACACUGGUCAAGACAUGUCUGAAGAUGGUGGGCAGCAGCUGAAAAUGGACACUGAGGAAAAACCAUUUGCCUGUCCUAUAUGCCUCAUGAGGUUCACACGUUUGAAGAUCCUUGUCAGACACAAGCUCAUCCAUGGGGAAGACGUAUUCAAGUGUGGACAUUGUGGGAAGAGAUUCUUGUUCCACAAAUCCCUUCUGAACCAUGUGCCGGUCUGUCUGAAGAGGACCAAGGGAAAAAGCCUCCUGGGGAAAGAAAAGGUGCCAAAAAAGAGGAAGACUAAAGAUGGAAACAGUAGUGAAGAGAGCGCCCCAAAGAAGAGGAAACCCGAUAACAAGAAAGCUGUGACGGCCGUGCAAAAACUGAAAAACAAAAAGCUAAUCAAAGCUAAGCAGCUGGCAUUAAAGAAGGAGAAGAGUAAGGCCAAGGGCGGUGAUGAGAAGAAGCUGAAAAAAGCAAAGGCAGAAGCUGAGCAGGAGCCGGACCCCGAGGGAGAGAAGCAGAGCGAUGGCAAGCAAGAGAAACCAUUGGAGACUGUGUCCAAGGAGAAGGAAAUUGUAAAGGACAAGAAACCUAAAGAAAUGGGCAAGGUGAAGAAGGUUCUAAAGAAAGUGCCGGUGAAGCAGAAGCGGCAGAAGGUUGGCAGUGAAAGCUUGAAGAAGUGGAGGAUGAUUGCUGCUGCCACUGUCAAGAAGAGAAAGCUUCAGGCUGUAAUUACUGGAGGGAAGAAGAAAGUGACCGUGAAGAAGAAAGGACCAAAUAAAGCCAAGACUGGAGGAAAGAACAGCAAGGAGUGAGAAGACUUGCGCCCCCCCCCCCCCCCCCCCCCACUUCAUACGUAACAGUGUUCUUAAACUAAUCUGCUGAUGAUUAUGAAGCCGUUAACUUUAUCAUGUUUUCUUUUAAUAAAAAUCACAUAUUG